AUGCCGCGAUCAGAUCAAGAUCCGAAUGUGUUUUGGGCGGAUAAUGACGAUAUGAGACAAAAGACUAUGGCGUACGCAGCGAGGGCAAGGCGCAUUGCAGAAACUGAGAUGCUGAAAGAAGAGACAACUCACCCAUGGAAAGAGGUGCCGCACAGCGUAUCAUGCACUUACUAUAUAUAUGAGUUUGAAGGGGAUCAUGUUGGCUUAGAAAAUGGCCAGCCUACAUUUUCUAACCCGCGAGAUGAAUUCAUGUAUUGGGAGAAUACACCAAAAGACGGCACAGCCAAGAAGAGAAACCGACGCAUUAUCAUCUUGGAAGACGUCUCCGCGCGGCUAGCAGAGAUGUUGGGAGUCUUGCUCGACAUUCCUCCAGAAUUUUUCCUGGCGCACUGCGACGAAAGCGUGGACCUCAAUAUCAUGGAUGAACACUUGGUAUCUUACUGGGGCAAGUCGUAUGGGAACGGCUCAUGGACAGCUGUUAUUUUACUCGAUCCUCAGAUUUCUCACUUGCAUCUAAAUGGACUUGAAUCGGUUGUUUUGGAAAAUUGGGAACCUGGGCUCGAUGUUCUACGCGAAGUGAUAAUAAAUUCCUCACAAAACAACCAUGCACAAGUGCACAAGCGCUCAAUGUUCAACAGUCUCGUCAAGGCCUACGAGAAUGUGCCCAUGGUUUUUAACGAUGAUGUGUUUUCAGCGACUUAUUUUGCUCGCAAUUGCAUUCGUGCAGUGUGGGAAGAGCAUGUCUGGCGACGCGAGCGUCAUUUUCACGACUUCAUAGUGGAAGAUAAACGAUUUUACCGAGUCAGGCAAAAAUGGGCCUACGAAAGCGACGAGGCCAUCAAGGCGUAUGAUGGCCUGAUGCAGGAGCGGCAGAGCAUCAAUUUUGAUAAGCUGGAGCUACAAGCCAUUACCUGGAAAUUCCAACUCCGAGACCUUGGAAUUCUAUCACCGGAAGAUGAGAAGUUUCGGCGUAUCGCGACAGAGGAGGGUAGGGCAUGGAAAUUUCUUGAGGAAAAGCUAAGAGGGAUGGAUGAAAUCAUCAGCAGCCACAUGGAGAUGUACACCGUUUGUGCCAAUAUGGAAGAGGCCCGCGAAGCCAAGAUUCAGUCUCGUGAAUCUUUCUUUCAGACAGAAGCCACCAACAAAAUGGCACGAAGUUCAGGCCAACUCGCCAAGAUAGCCACAGUUGUUGUGCCGUGCACCUUUGUGGCGUCAGUUCUGUCUAUGAAUGGAGAGUUUGCAGCUGGUGAAAGGCUCUUCUACGUCUAUUGGGCUAUCUCUGUGCCAGUUACCCUUAUACUGCUGUUCUGGGUGAUUGAUAACGAAAUGUCUAGAGGUGUGAGUGAUUGCAAAGAAUGGGUAAAGUCUAUCUGGAGCUGGUCACAAGGCUGGAGGAGGCCCAGCCAAACGAUAGAUGUGACGGAGGAAAAACCAGAGGUUUGA